GCUCUCAAAAUGGUUUGGGUGCAUCUAGGGAAAAUUAGCUUUAAAAUGGCACUGGCUUGUUGUUGUUUGCAUUUUUCUUUCAAGCUGCCAUGUUUUCCAAACACUCCAGAAAUUUCCAGCAUUGUCUGUGCUCUGGGACGUACAGCAGCUGUUUUCUGUUGUUUAAAGCCUCUUAUUUUCAUUUUCUCCCCACCUUUCCAAAGCUCACUCAAGGCUAUAAAAGAUGCAGACCACUGGAAACCUUGCAGAAGCUCUGGGACCUCACUCCAUGUUCUCCCCAACAUCAAGCCUCAGCCCUCCCCAGAUCAUGUUUCACCCUUGGGUUACCAGAGAAGAGAAACAUCAAAGACCAGGAAAUACAAAUAUAUAUUUGAAAAGGAAACCGAAACUGAGCGCUGUGCAAAAGAAACAUGCAGAAGAGGAGAGAAAAGGGAGGAAGAGGCUUAUUUCUGUUGAUUUUCCAGUGAGUGUGCUCCUUUGGCUACAGAGCUAAAGAUGCUUCUCCUUGGUGGACAUCAUCUCUGUUCCUGCCCCACAGAGACGGUUUGACCCAACAAGGAACAACAGAUCCCCACAAGAACAUGCUGGGUCAUUCCCCAGGGGAUGCAUCAUGGGCAGGAAACCAGCCUCGGUUUCCUCUUCCCCUUCAGCUUGGUCCUGGGGAGCUCAGCGCUGCCUGCAGAUGAGCGUGAUGACAAGGAGCUGGCUGGCUGAGGCUGUGGGUAGCCUGCUUUUGCUGGGCUGGCUGGCAGGUGCUGGUGGGAUGGAGUCAGAGACCUGCAGCUCCCCAGGUGACUUUCCCCCGCCAGCACUCUUCCCAAACAUCUCCUCAGCUCAUGAAGGCGACUUGAUUCUUGCCCGGUGCCUCGUUUUUUCCCAUAUGCCCAUCACUCACAUCUUCUUCUGCAAGAAUGGGGUGGAAGUGGCCAACCACCCAGUGGGAAAAGGCCAGUUCACAUCCACGCUCGCCAUCCAGCUCUCCGCAGAGAGCAGUGGCACAUACUCCUGCAGAUACCAACGGCAAAGCAGCCUUGGACAGGUCAUGCUUUCAAGGCUGAGUGCCCCAUGGCUCCUGACCAUCGGAGGUGGGAAGGAUGACCCAAGGAACAACACCAUUGCUAUCAGCCCAGAACUACCAGCUGAAGGGCUGGGAAUCUCCGUCAGCCUGGCCUUUGUAGUCCUCUCCCUCCUGGGUCUGGCUUUGGGCAUCCAUCUCCUCCUGCAGAUUGGUAAGAGAACCACCAGCCCUGUUGCGUGGUGCCCAUUUAACCGUGCUAUCAAUUGAGGAUUCACGAGUGCGCACACUAAAAUCAAGCAGUCUGCAAGAUCAGGGGGCACGAAGUGGACUUUGGGUCAUCUGAGGAGGCUUUGGAAGCCCCCACCAAGGCACGGAGCUGUGCACACCUCAUGGAGGCUCCUCUCUGCAGGGAUGGUCUAACAAGAUGUAUUGACCCAUCACUAUGUCUUGCUUGCAGGACAGCAAGUCCACCUGGCCAGGCUGAAGAUCUUCAUGCCCCGGUAGAAGACCACAGCAUUUCACAGAUGCUGUGAAGGAAGAGAUGUCCAGGAGUCCUUGCAGGUGGAGGACCUCUUGGCAGAGCAAAGAGAUGCUCCAAGGUGCUGGGGGGUCCAUGGCAAGGACCACAAUGAAUUGUCAGCUCCCCAUGGCUGUGGCAGGGAGGAAUUGACCCAAGAUGGUGUCCCUUGACUCAAUGCCACCUGCACUGCAUCUCCAACCACCAAAAGCAGCUCUCAGCCAAAAUACACUGCCCGAGCCAGUGGCAGGUGAAGAGUUUGGCCAGCUGUGAACAUCAUGGUGGCUCUUGGGCAGGAAUUAAUUAAAAAGGUCCUUCAAUUAAAAAGGUGUUUUGCCUCUGA